AUGGAGGAGCAAAUCGCUAAUCUGCAAACAAAAUUGAAGCUCUUAAACUUUACAGCUAAAAAGACAGAUUCUACCAUCGCCAAAGCAGACAUCGACGUCUCGGAAAGACUAUGUUCAUCGAUCAAAGCUAUGAUAAAGGCCGUAAGCGACGUUAAAGAAACAAUCGAAGAACAGAAGUUUAAAUCAGGGGCAACCGUAGAAAUUGUUAGCGAAUGGAGCGACGAAAUCGAACAACAAAUUGAAUUCGCAGACGAACAGGUGCGAAAAAUAGCAAACCAGAUUCGAGAGAUAAACUACGAGUUUAAACAAGCCGAGGACGUUAAAAAGAGAGAUGCACAACUUGAAUUCGAACGGGCUCAAGUAGAAUUACAACAACAACACGAGAAACACGAAAGAGACGAGCAGAUUGCACAAGAAGCCAAGAUUUUAGAUCAAAAACUUCAAUAUCAAAAACUAUUCGAAGAAUCGCAAACUAGCGUGCCAAAAGACGGAGUACAAGCCAAAUUGCCGAAGCUACAGAUAACCAAAUUUAAUGGGCAAUUUAGCGACUGGUUAAGGUUUUGGAACCAAUUUAUCGCGAUUAUCGACAGCCAAAACAUCAGUCCAAUAACGAAGUUCUCAUAUCUUAAAGAACACUUGGACCCAAAAGUAAAACGAUGCAUCGACGGGCUACCAUUUACGGACAAGGGAUAUACUAAAGCAAAAGAAAUACUAGUCGAAAAAUACGCCAACGAAAGCGAGAUUGUCAACUCUUACGUCGAAGAAAUAAUUUCUUUACCAACAAUCAACGGAUCUCAACCGGGAAAAAUUCAUUCAUUUUUUGAGAAACUUCGAUAUAAUGUACAAUCGCUGGAAACACUGAAUAAGCUGAGCGACGUAAACGGAUACGUCAGGAUGACAAUUAACAAACUUCCGAGCAUACGCGGAGAUCUGGUACGAACCGACCCGAAAUGGAAGGACUGGACGUUUGUUCAACUAUGCGAAGCUUUACGAGAUUGGACUGAAAGAAACCCAGUCGAAAACAACCAAUCAGAAGAUAAACGAAGAGAUAGAUAUGCCAAAGCAUUCAACACGCAACAGAAGAAAGACCCAACCAAACCGCGGGCAUGUGUUUACUGUGAUUCGAUGGAGCAUAAGUCGACAACUUGUUCAGUCGUUAGCACACCUGUGGACCGAAAGAAGAUACUUGCACAAAAGAAACUAUGCUAUAAUUGUGCUGGGGGGUCACAUCGCGCUGCUGAAUGUCGAAGUACCACCACGUGUCGGAACUGCGGUAAAAGACACCAUACGUCGAUCUGCGAUCCUGAAGCAAAAUUAGAGAUGUUAAAGUCAGCGCAUCAAGCCGACGAAAGCGAGGUGAUAUAUCCAGUCGUUUUGCUAGAGAUAGAUGGUAUCAAGACGAGAGCUUUACUUGAUACUGGGGCUGGGAGCUCGUAUGCUUCGGCCAGACUAAUCAAUGCACUUCACAAACAGCCUACGGAAACUAAGACCAAACGCAUAGAGAUGAUGCUUGGUUCGACUACAACGAAAGUGGAGAUUUAUAACGUUAAGGUCAAGUCAAUAGACGGUGGUUUUACCAUGGAUGUCAAUGUAACCAAGGUGGACAAACCACAGUUAAUGCAUUUGGAUAACCCAAAUUAUGAGACAUUGUUGAAAAAUCACUCUCAUCUUAAUGGAGUACAGAUCAACGACGUUGAUGUCAACCCACAUCUAGCUGUUCAUGUUGUGCUUGGCGCCAGUGAAUACGCUGCAAUUAAAACGAAGACUGCACCAAGAGUCGGAUCACCCGGUCAACCAAUCGCAGAAUAGACCUUGCUCGGUUGGACGAUUAUGUCACCAGGUAGAGAAGUAGAUACUGCUCCACUAUUGCUUACCAGCUCCACGAGUGUCGACUUCGACCAGCUUUGUAGUCUUGAUGUGCUCGGUUUGGCUGAUUCACCUGCGGGAGAUCAACUCGAAGUGCACCAAUAAUUCAAGGAGCAGCUGACGCGUAGUCCGGAGGGGUGGUAUGAAACCGGGCUCCCCUGGAAAGACAACCACCUAGAGCUACCUACCAACAAGACCGGAAGUAUCCGAAGGCUUCAGCAGCUGGUGAAGAAGUUAGAACGGGACAACAAUUAUACAGCAUAUGGCAAUGUUAUUCAAGAACAGAUCGAACAGGGAGUGGUUGAGGUAGCCCCAGCAGUAGUUGUUGGUAACGAAUUUUACCUACCACAUAAAGCUGUAAUCAGACAACAAGCGGAAAGUUCGAAGUUGAGAGUAGUUUAUGACGCUUCGGCGAAAGAACGAGGAGACCAGCCAUCACUAAAUGACUGUCUACACCCUGGUCCAGCUCUACAGAACUUGCUAUGGACAGUACUUGUGAGAAACCGAAUUCACCCAGUUGCGAUUACUGGGGAUCUACAGAAAGCAUUUCUACAGGUCCGAAUACGGGAAGCAGAGCGCGACGCUCUUAGAUUCCACUGGAAACCUCCUUGUCAAUCAAACAUAGAGGUUUAUUGUUUUACUCCAGUCCUAUUUGGGUUGACGUCCUCUCCAUUCCUGUUGGGUGGGGUCAUCAAUCAACAUAUGGGAAGAUCGGUACCCAGACUCCCAGAGUUCGUAGAGGAAAUACGUAAAGUAUAGACUUACCUUACCUUUACCUUACCAAGAAGCCCAAAUCAAGACGUCGAAGGCAAAGGAGAUCUUCCUUGAUGCUAAGUUCAACCUGAACAAGUGGCACAGCAAUGAAAGCGAGUUAAAGUUGGACAACGACGCGAAAGACGGAAAUGAUGAACUAUCAUAUGCCAAACAGCAGCUGGGAACUACAUCAUCAGAAACUAAGUUACUGGGCCUUCCCUGGGACAAAGAGAAUGACACCCUGAGAAUUGAAUUUCCUCAGGUGGAGACGGAGCCGACUAAACAAGGAGUCUUGUCUACCCUAGCCAAAGUGUAUGACUAA